AUGUCGAGCCGUCAGGAUGCCGUCGCAGUUGCAGACGCAGACGCAAACGGAAACGCAGACACAAACGCAAACGUAAACGAGAAGAACGUCAACGCAGACGCAAGGGCAAACGAGAAGACUGCCUCGGAGCCGAAUUCCAAUUCCUUCUUCGAGUCGGCCAAGCGGUCCAACACCAACACCAACAAAAAAGCGAAAGCAAAGCUCCCCCCGAUUCUGGACCACUUCAACGCAAAGGAUCUCAAAGAACUGUUCAAAUCGUCCGUGGCAGUAUGGAUCUUGACGCUGUUCAUCGUCAUCAACCCGACGUUGCGGGCCGAAGGCCAAGCCCUGUUCUUUGGAAGCAUCGUGCUCUUCAUCGCUCCUCCUUCCGGCAUCGUCUUGCUCCAGGUCAUGAUUGGCGCCACCAUCCUGCUGGGAAUGGCGCUGGGCUGGUGUUGGGGCCUCAUCACCAUGAAGGCAGCCCUGGCCGCCAGGUCUCAGGCCGAGACCAAUGUGCGCCUGGGCCAGCUUCAGCAGGAGGCGACUCGAAACGCCACCAACGUGGCCCAGUUGACGGGACAAACCUCCUACGCCCAGAUUUUGAUCUACGACGGCUUCAUGCUUGAUGCGCGAGUCACCGCCGUCUACUUCUGCAUGAUCUGUCUCUUCAUCUAUCUCUUUGCACGUCUGCGUGUCGCGGCCCCGAAGCUAGUGCUGGUGCAAAUGUUUGGCAUCAUUGUCGCCGAUAUCUUCUUGACCACAGGGCCUAUCCUCCCUUCGUUUGUGCCACUGAUCCCUACUACUUUAAUCAAACCUGCGGCGACUGCGGUCGCGGUGGGCACCGUCUGCAAUAUCCUGUUCUUUCCCAAAUCGACAUCGCACAUCGUAUUGAGCAACGUCAAGGAACUGAUUGUCCCAAUGGCCGAGUUUAUCGACGCAUGCCGAAUCGGGAUUGGGAACUCUCAAGGACCAAUGGAUCUUGACCGGCUACGGAAAGCCAAAGCAUCUGGCAUUGCGAGUUACAAAGCCCUCGAAUCACAGCUGGCCUUUCUCCCUCUGGACGUCUCCUUCGGUCGUUGGAACGCCGAGGAUAUCGCGCUCCUGACGAAACCAUUGAAGCAUGUCUUCAUUGCGUUCGCUGCCCUUGUCGAAUCUCAGAUCACUCGUGUCGAGGCCGGUGUUCGGAUGACUCGUCUUCGUGAGCAUGCAGAGGCGUACGAGAAAGGGGACACUCCAGGCAAUCAGCCCAGAUUUGGCCAUCACCAGCUCGCCCAGCAGCUUGACUUUGCACGGUUAUUCCAGAACGCCGAAUCGGAAGAGUUGGUCAUGAAGAGCCUGGCGGCUCUCCAAGAGACCAGUGAUCCUCUUCUGAGCACUUGCACGGCCGCCAUAGAAGGGGUGGCGGAGGCGUUAACCAUGGUCAACGAGAAGAAAUUCUAUGGCCGACCGUCACCGGAAGCAUAUCAGACUGCCCGCAGGAAGCAUAGCGAGAUCCUUCAAUCGCUGCGCCAGGAAUCCAAGACCUUUGUGGCGCAAACUCCUCCACGGCUCCUCGAUCCCCACUCCCACUAUUUCGACGAGCACGGCUUCUUUGAUCCACCUCCGAACAGCGGCAUGUCACCCAUGCGAGGCGUCGUCCUCGGCUUGAUCCUCGAAGAGCGCAUCCUCAGCCUCGCGCGCGCCCUGGAGCAUCUGGUCGCCCAGGUCGUGAAACUGGAAGAGGAAAGAACCCAGGCCAGGGUGUGGCUACCCACGGGACUGCGACAUCUGGCAUCUUGGGUCUUUGGCCGGGAAUCCACCCCCCAGGUGACGCCCGUGAACCCGGAGCUAGAACGAGAGCGCGAGGAGUCGGACCCAGCACUCCGGCGCCAACCAACCCGCCAGAUCAGCAAGAACAGUGUGCAGCCUGCAAAGUCGGUUGCCGAGCCCGAGGCCACUCCCACGGCGGCCGACCAGCUUGAAACCAUCCACCUUCGUCGAGGCAAAACCCGUAGCCGCACGGGUCGCUUUCUGCUGGGUGUGACCAAGUGGUUCUCCAACACCGAAGGCAUGUUUGCUCUCCGAGUGCUAAUUGUGACCAUUGCCCUGGGCAUUCCCGCCGUCCUCCCUUCCAGUGCCGGGUUCUAUUUCCGGGAAAAAGGAUUGUGGGGGUUGAUCAUGGCACAGAUUACCCUCGUCCCCUAUGCGGCAGAUUUCACCUGGGGUCUCAUUCUGCGUAUGGUCGGCACGGUGAUUGGGGGUAUCUUGGGCAUGCUUGCCUGGUAUAUCGGAGCUGGAAACGGACCGGGCAGCCCCUAUGGAAUCGCGGCCGUCAUGAUUCCGUUCAUCAUCGUUUACAUGUGGCUUCGGCUCUUUGGGCCUCCAGCCUUCUUUCAGGCAUCUGUGAUCGCGACGGCAACCACUUACCUCACGGUGGCGUACAGCUGGGUAGACACCCAUAUCCCCAGCUAUGGCAACCCCGGCGUGGGCUAUACCGUUUUCUGGCGGCGGAUGCUGCUGGUUAUGAUCGGGUUCGGGGCGGCCGCAAUCGUCAUGUACUUCCCUCGCCCACCUUCAGCAGGUCGCCAUUACCGGAAGGUGCUGUCUAGGACGCUGUCCGGUUUCCAGGAUCUCUACGCCCUUUUCGUCACGGAAUUUACCCAGGAUGCAGCCAAGCGAGGGUCGAAUCCGGAUCUGCUGUCGAGCCUGGAAAAGGCCAGCAUCGGGACCGCAGAUACGUUGGGGGCCAUUGCCGGCCCCAUCCAGCUCCUACGCUUUGAGUUCUCCUCGUCCGACUUUACCGCCGCCGGCCUGUCACGGAUCACGACGCUGGCCGGCAACGCGAAUUUCCACCUGUCCCAAUUGUUUACCUAUUCAUCGGGUCUUCCGGACGUAUUCAAGAAGCGGUUCAGGCUGCUCUCGGGCGCGUUUGGCGAGCACUUUGUGGGGGACUUGAUGUCGGUGCUGAGUCUGUUGAGUCACAGCCUGCAGACGGGAGAAGCUUUGCCCAACGUGCUCCCCUCGCCUCUGAUGGUCCGGGCAUUCCGAGAUCGCAUUGUCAAGGUGCAGGCCCACACUCACGGGCCGGCGGAUACUUCCCUCUCCCAGCGUAACGACCGGGUUGGUGUUGGUGCCGGUCGGAUACAGGAAGAGCAUGUCGGAAAAUUGCUUGGGCCCGUGACGCGGCAGCUGAUUGAGCGCAAGGAGGAGGGGUUUCGCAAGUAUUGUGUGGCCAUGUCGGCUCUGGUGGGGUUGUUGACCGCGCUGGACGAAAUGGUGCUGGUGGUCAAGGAGGAAUUGGGCGAGAGUCACCUGGUCGACAUUGAGAGCUGGGGGGCCUUUGAGGCCGACUCGGAAGAUCAGGUCGAGGGGGAGGUGGAAGUCGACGGGGAGGGAAAGAUUGAUGGGGUGAAAGCGUAG